AAUGGCGCCUAUUGGAGCUUCAAAGAAGGCUAGACUGAGAGAUAUCAUCCACUAUAGAGUGAAAGUGAUAACGACGGAUUCUCGUCAAAUCAUUGGAGAACUAUUAGCAUUCGACAAGCACUAUAACUUGGUUCUGGCCGACGCGGCAGAGUUCAGACUGACAAAGAAAUCCAUGCUAUCGUUAAAAGACCGUGCAAGGGACAAAUCUUCAGAGAAACCGGAAUCUGAGCUUAUACAGGAGCAGAGACGUAAAUUGGGGCUGAUAAUCUUGAGGGGCGAGACCGUUAUAAGUGUAACCAUAGAGGCACCACCUGUGAACCAAGGCUCGAAGUUGAAACAGAUGAAGACAGGGUCUGGUGUGAUUAAGCCUUUAAAGGGUACACACUCGAUAGGUGGAGUUGCAAAGGUGAGUGGUCCUAUCCGCACCACUGGCGGGUUCACAGGCGCUCCAAAGGGAUUCAACCCACCACCAGGGUUCAAGAAAUGAAGCAUGAAUAGAUGAGGUUUCCUCAGACAGGAAUUGGAAUCACAGGUGAAGCUUGUAGCUGUUGUUUUUGUAUAUCGUAAGAUCCAGAGAGCAUGCUGCCUUUGACACCAGUGCCGUGUAAAGCCCAAGCUGUUGAUCUUGGGACAACUAAGACCAUCAGUUUUGCCACGCUCAGAGGUUAGCGAGCAAGUGGCGGCCAUCUCGAGUUUAUGUAGUUCACUUCAAGAACCUUGGGGUCCUCAUCAAUGGUUCCAUAGUGUGUGAGUAUCUAGUAAAUUUCGAAGUUUCCGUUGAAAUAAAUGGUAUGUAGGACAGCAAAUCCGGAUGUGCUGUUUUCUUCACCUAUUCAUUUCAGAAUUGAAUGUACACGGAAAUACACAGAGAAAGAGGGACCAGAACGUCUGCACAUUCAAUCAUUGAAUGCUAACAUGUAAGUUUGGGCAAACGAGAAAUAGGCUACGUUGAACGAUGAAAU